AUGGCCCAGCUGUACUACAAGAAGGUGAAUUUCUCCCCGUACCGAGACCGGAUCCCGCUGCAGAUCGUGCGGGCGGAGGCGGAGCUCUCGGCCGAGGAGAAGGCCUACCUCAGCGCCGUGGAGAAGGGCGACUACGCCAGCGUGGAGCACGCCCUGCGAGAGGCAGAGAUCUACUACAACAUCAACAUCAACUGCAUGGAUCCUCUCGGUCGCAGCGCCCUCUUAAUAGCCAUAGAGAACGAGAACUUGGAGAUCAUGGAGCUGCUGUUGAGCCACAGCGUGUACGUGGGGGACGCUCUGCUGUACGCGAUACGGAAGGAGGUGGUGGGAGCCGUGGAGCUGCUGCUGAACUACAGGAAGCCAAGUGGUGAAAAACAGGUUCCAACCUUGAUGAUGGACACCCAGUUUUCAGAAUUCACUCCAGAUAUCACCCCAAUCAUGCUGGCGGCUCACACCAACAACUACGAAAUCAUCAAACUGCUGGUCCAAAGACGGGUGACGAUUCCACGCCCACACCAGAUCAGGUGCAACUGUGUGGAAUGUGUCUCCAGCUCGGAGGUGGACAGCCUGAGGCAUUCCAGGUCAAGGCUGAACAUCUACAAAGCCUUAGCCAGCCCUUCGUUAAUUGCCUUAUCAAGCGAGGACCCCAUCUUGACGGCCUUCCGACUGGGCUGGGAGCUGAAGGAGCUCAGCAAAGUGGAGAACGAGUUCAAAGCUGAGUAUGAAGAGCUUUCACAGCAGUGCAAGCGUUUUGCUAAGGACCUUUUGGAUCAAGCACGGAGCUCCCGAGAACUGGAGAUCAUUCUCAACCACAGAGAUGAUCAAAGCGAAGAGCUGGAUCCCCAAAAAUGUCAUGACUUGGCAAAGCUAAAGGUAGCAAUAAAGUAUCACCAGAAAGAGUUUGUUGCUCAGCCAAACUGCCAGCAGCUGCUAGCGACGCUCUGGUACGACGGCUUCCCGGGAUGGAGGCGGAAGCACUGGGCAGUCAAACUCCUGACCUGUGUCACCAUUGGGCUGCUGUUCCCUGUGCUCUCCGUGGCCUACCUGAUUGCACCCAAGAGCAGGCUGGGACUGUUCAUUAAAAAGCCAUUUAUAAAGUUCAUCUGCCACACCGGCUCUUACCUAACCUUCCUCUUCAUGCUCCUGCUGGCGUCGCAGCACAUCGUCAGGACCGACCUUCACAUGCAGGGACCUCCUCCCACCAUCGUGGAGUGGAUGAUCCUGCCCUGGGUUCUAGGUUUCAUCUGGGGAGAAAUCAAGGAAAUGUGGGAUGGUGGAUUCAAUGAGUACGUACACGACUGGUGGAACCUGAUGGAUUUUGCAAUGAACUCCCUCUAUCUUGCAACUAUCUCCCUUAAAAUCGUUGCCUACGUCAAGUACAACGGCUCUCGCCCGCGGGAGGAAUGGGAGAUGUGGCACCCCACUCUCAUUGCAGAAGCCCUCUUUGCAAUAUCCAACAUCUUGAGUUCCUUGCGUCUCAUAUCCCUGUUUACAGCAAAUUCACACUUGGGACCCUUGCAGAUUUCUCUGGGACGCAUGCUGCUAGACAUCCUUAAAUUCCUUUUUAUCUACUGUCUGGUGCUUCUGGCUUUUGCCAACGGACUGAACCAGCUUUAUUUUUAUUACGAGACCAGUGCCUCGGAGGAGCCCAACAACUGCAAGGGGAUCCGAUGUGAGAAACAGAACAAUGCCUUCUCCACGCUUUUCGAGACCCUCCAGUCGCUCUUCUGGUCUGUGUUCGGUCUGCUGAAUCUCUACGUCACCAACGUGAAGGCCAGACACGAGUUCACAGAAUUUGUUGGGGCCACUAUGUUUGGGACCUACAACGUCAUCUCCCUGGUCGUGCUGCUGAACAUGCUCAUAGCCAUGAUGAACAACUCCUACCAGCUCAUCGCCGACCAUGCAGAUAUCGAGUGGAAGUUCGCCCGGACGAAGCUCUGGAUGAGUUACUUUGAUGAAGGUGCCACCCUGCCCCCCCCGUUUAACAUCGUCCCAAGCCCCAAGUCCGUCUGGUACCUUUGCAAGUGGAUCCACAAUCAGCUGUGUCCAGGCAACGACUCUUACAACGAACAGAAGAGGCAUGAAAACCUCAAAACAUUCACAGAACGACACGCUGACAACCUGAUUCAGAAUCAACAUUACCAGGAAGUGAUAAGGAAUCUUGUGAAGAGAUACGUGGCAGCAAUGAUAAGAACUUCCAAAACCAACGAAGGUUUAACUGAAGAAAAUUUCAAGGAACUGAAACAGGACAUCUCAAGUUUUCGCUAUGAGGUUCUUGACCUCUUAGGAAACAGGAAGCCCCAGAGGAGAAGUUAUUCUACCAGCAGCACAGAGGUGUCCCAGAAGGAUGAAGCAAAUGAAGAUGGUGCUGGAGAAAAACCCAAAGCCAAGAGCGUGUCUUUCAAUGUAGCCAACAAAAAAAAGGAUUUCAAUGUCUCUGCUCUAAUUAAAACCAUGUCUGGGAUGAACAUGGUGGAGGAGAAGCCAAAGAGCAACGGGAUCGGGAAGCGCUCCUUUGUCCGGAACGGGAACAGAGUCCAGAGACUCUCCAGCUCCAAGAAGGAGUCCUUCAAGAGACUGGGCCUGCUCUUCUCCAGGAUGAACGGGCACGUGCCAGAGCCAAACUCAGAACCCAUGUACACCAUCUCUGACGGGAUUAUCCAGCCACACUACAUGUGGAAAGACAUUAAAUAUUCUCCCAUUGAGAAAGAGAAGGAAGAGAACUGUUCCCAAAGUGAAAUUAACCUCAGUGAGGUGGACUACAGCGGGAACACCAGACACACGGGACAGAGCAAGGAGUGCCCUGUGGUUUGUACCAGCUCCCUUCACUGUGCUUCCAGUAUUUGUUCCUCUAAUUCCAAACUUAUAGACUCGUCAGAGGAUGUGUUUGAUUCGUGGGGAGAGGCAUGUGACUUGUUCAUGAACCAGUGGAAGGAUGGGCAGGAGGAGCACGUGACGACUCGCCUAUAA